UCGGCACAAACCACCUCAGCAUCACACUCUUUUUGAGUUCUUACGCUAACAAACUUCAGCAAAACUUUUGCAUUUAUUAAGUGUUUAAUUUUCAAAAAAAAAAUUAAAUUAAUCUUCUAAUUUUAAUUGAAGAUUUUAUUUGUGAUUUAUCAUUUAAUAUUUUGAGCAACAAUCAAUAUGCCAGGACGUCCACUUUGGCAGGUUGCUGGAAAGCGUGACACUGAGCAAGAAGCUGAAGCUCAACAGUGGAUCGAACAAGUAACUGGUGAACGUUUUCCACCUGGAGUCAGAUAUGAAGAUGUCCUGAGAGAUGGAAUUAUUUUCUGCAAACUCAUGAACAGAUUACAACCUGGACUAAUCACAAAAAUAAAUACAUCAGGUGGUGAUUACAAAAUGAUGGACAAUCUCAAUCAAUUCCAAAAAGCUUGUGUCAAGUAUGGAGUUCCAGAUGUUGAUUUAUUCCAAGCUGUUGAUCUCAUGGAGAGAAAAAAUAUUGCACAAGUUACAAAUACUAUUUUUGCAAUCGGACGUGCAGCUUACAAACAUCCAGAAUGGCGUGGUCCAUGGCUAGGACCAAAACCAGCUGAUGAAAACAAACGUAAUUUUACCGAGGAUCAAUUACGUGCUGGUGAAGGCAUGAUUGGUCUUCAAGCUGGUUCCAAUAAAGGAGCAACACAAGCUGGACAAAGUUUUGGUGCAACAAGGAAAAUUCUUCUUGGAAAAUAAUUUAAUUUAUUAAACAAAAAAAAAAUCCAUAAUAAAAAAUUAAUAAACAAUUAAAAUUGAAAGUUUAUUUGUUUUUUAAUUUUCAAUAUUUUUAAUUUGUUUAUGUAAUGAGAAAAUAAUUUAUAACAAAGCAAUACAUGUAAAAAAAAAUAAAAUAAAAUAUAAUUUCAAUGUAAUUAAUUA